UGUAUAUCUGGCAGAUUUGUUGUAGCUUGGGAGCUAAUGAUUCGGUGCGAGACUCUCAAGCUAACGGUGCACGAGCUGCGUGCAUGUGUGCGUAUAUGUGUGUGUGUGUGUGAGAACGUGUGUCGCUCCACUUGUUUUCACGUAACCCGAACCUGCCAUUUCAGCUAACAUGCGAAUUUGAUAAAGCUGUUUGGUUAUUAUUAGCUAAUAAAAGAUAUUAGCUGACUUGGGCGAGGCGCCUUUGCCGACCUUAUCAUCGCAGGUCUGCAUGUGUGAACGUGCAGGACUUGUAUGGACCUGUUAAUUUUGUUCAAUGUAUCCUGUUUGGAUUCAACUAUUUGUGUAAAUAGCUCGUAUUUAGUAUCAGACAGCAACGAGGCUAAUUAGCACGGCUAUUAGCUUAGCAGCUAAAAGCUCGCUUGCUAAUUGACCUACUUCGCUGUGGCAGAUGCUGCCAUGUUGUCAUGCCACUCCACAUAACUUCGUUACAACUUUUUCUUGUGCUCGUGGCGUUUAAGACGCCACAUUGAACCAUGUAAACAAACACGUUAUUUCACAUAACCUGCCAGCUUCACUCCUUAACGUGUACUAAUCAUGUAAUAGGCCUGUACUACACAUUAUGUGCGAGAUAAAAAUAUUGUCUUGGUAUGCAAACUAUUCAGUAAAGUAUGUUUUAAGCUCGCCAGUUAAAGGAUGAAGUAACUAAAGUUCUUUUAACGGGAGGAUAAUACGUAAGCAGUGACCCAUUUUUGUCUGCAUCUGUGAUUCAAAUAGCAGAACCAGUGCUAACGUAAACAGACAAAAAGCUGACGAAACAAACUCUUUUAUUCCCACUUGCCUGCUACACAACAUACUUUCUAUGUUAAUAAAUGUAUGUAAUGUGGCAAAAAUUAAUCUGUUAUUAAGUCACAACAAAAUUAAUCUGCAACUAUCAACAUUUUGAUUUGUCAUUGUUUUUUUCCCCCUCGAUGGUUUGUGGAGAUGGAGUCGCUGAUGAGUGCGGUGGCUCCACGCUCCCCAGCCCCCUCCAAGAAGCUGUUGGAGGUGGACUUCCGCUCAGGGGCCACUCUGGAGCAGCUGUCGGCACAGGUGUCUGAGCUGGUACUACUAGAACAAGGGGAGUUUGGUGACCAGACCGCCUUAGAGGUCCACACAGCAAAGGACUUUAUCUUCAACAUGCUAGGUUUAGUUCAGAAAGUGGAUCAGCGCCUCCCAGUCGCCAAUGAGUACCUGCUCCUGUCAGGUGGAGCUCGGGAGGGGGUCUUGGAUCUCAACCCUGAGGAUGUGGGGGACUAUGCUAAAGGGGCUGAUUUUGACCUGGACUUCACCCUGCUGGUGCCUGCUCUGAAGCUCCAUGACCGCAACCAGCCUGUCACCCUGGACAUGAGACACUCCCCACCCUGCCACUCGUGGCUCAGCCUCCGUCUAUGUGACUCCAACAUCCUGUCCCGCUGGAGCGUCUGCUGCCAGGAAGAGAACGGACUUCCCACUGAUGAAGAUGAGGAGGAAGAGGGGGAAAUGGAUAAAGGCUCCAUCCCCUCCCUGGGCUCUCCUCAGUCUCUGGAUGGAUGCUACUUCUCACCCAGCCUGGUGACAGACUGGUUCUGGGGGGUGGUGAGUGAGGCUGUAGAGGAACUGAGGCGUAGCCCCCAGAGGGGCAUCCCCACACCGGAUCGACUGGAGAGGAAUGGACCCCUCACUACCAUCAUCCUCCAGGCAGGAUCUAGCCGGGUGUUGUACGACCUUCUCCCUGUGGUGUCGUUCCGGGGCUGGCCGGCUGUGGCCCAAGGCUGGCUGACCGCCAACCAUUUCUGGGAUGGAAAAAUCACUGAGGAGGAGGCCAUAUCUGGCUUCUAUCUGCUGCCCUGCUGCUCCCCGCUGGGUGGCCGGCCCGACAGGGAGUGGAGGCUGGCAUUCUCACGCAGUGAGGUUCAGUUGAAGAAGUGCAUCCCUUACCCGAUGGCCCAGGCUUUUCAAGCAGCCAAGGCGGUGCUGUCUCGUAUCCUGGCUCGUCCUCGCACAGGUCUCAGCCUCUACCAUCUGCGAACCCUCCUCUUCUGGGCCUGUGACCGACUCCCUGCUGCUUACCUGUCUUGCCCUGAUCCCGAUACUGCUGGUCGCCUCCUCCUUGGCCUCCUGGAUGACUUGGCUCAUUGCAUCCUGGGUAAAAACUGUCCGAACUACUUCCUGCCCCAGUGCAACAUGUUGGAGCACUUGUCGGACAGCCAGGCACUGCUGGUAGCUAGGAAACUGGCCCACGUGCGCUCCGAUCCCAGUGAGCAUCUCCGGGCGGCUCUGGACCAAGCUCAGCAGGCGGGCCAGCUGAAGAAGGAGCUGACGGCCAGCACCAAUGGCCAUGGCUCCCCCGGGCAUCACACAGCCAACGGUAUCAUUUCCCCAUCGGACGACAAGCUGGCACAGCGGCUGCAGCAGCUGGUCACAGAGAAUCCUGGGAAGUCCAUAUCCGUCUUCCUGAACCCUGAUGAUGUCACCCGGCCUCAUUUCCGUAUCGAUGACAAGUUCUACUGAGAAGAUGUGGAAACGUGUGUGUUUUGCUCCCAAUGUGACAUCACACUGAAUGUCAGGCAGAUUGUUUUCUUUUUCUGAAACACAGAGCUGACCUGAAACUGAGCACACGCCUCCUCUCUCUAUCUCUACCCUGAAGCAGAGCAAUGCCUUGCUGCUCGGCUGACUUUUUUUAACCAAAAAAAAAAAAAUACUACUACUACUACUACUACUACUACUGACUAAUGUUGUCCAGUUUCGUGGGCAUCGCACAAUAGACAUGAUGUCACCAAGCUGUUGCCACGGAAAUGGCCCUCUUGUAAUGAGCCGGCCUUAACGAGACUUAUCAGCUGGUGCUAAAAAGACAAGAUCAGCACAGACAGAAGGGUGUGUGUGUGUAUAUCUGUGCGUGUGUGUGUGUGUGUGUGCGUGCGCGCGUGUCUGUGUGCGUGUGAACUUUGCGCACCUUUCACUUUUGACUUACAGUUGCUGCAUUUCUCUGUUUUUAAUUUGAGAUCAGAGUCGGUGAGGGCUGAAUCAGAAAACCAAGGUGUGGCUGAUGUAACUGAAUGUAACGUUGAGAGUCUCGUCUCUCCUUCAGCCACAGUUUAGCUCUCUCUUUAACACCAUGCCUUGAAUAAUGAGAUCUUAUAUUUUUUAGUCUUUCUCAGGUAUUCAUAAUACUAAUCCGUUUUUUCUAUGUACGUGAUUCCAUCUCAACGUCUCUAACUACUGUAUUUAAGCGGUUAAGCUGUGCUGCACCAUCCAGGGUCAUGUAAGCUCCUCUGUUGAUGUAGAAACUGCUCCACAAAAGUCUCCAUUAGAGACGGAACGAACGCGCCUUUUACCGGACAGGUAUCAAGCACUCCACAUAGCUUGUUUGUCCCCCCCACUCAGCUUUAAUGGAAUGUAUACAAUUGAAAAUCAAACUAUGACAUGGCUCAGGAGACUGACAUUCAGGAUCUUCUCAAACACGUUUGCCACACAGACACAGGCCGGUUGCCCGGUGUGAAAAUGGAUAACGGCUGAUUAGGAACGAGGGAUAAACGAUCCCAAACCAGUUCAUUAGAAGACGACUGACUGGAUUUGCGGAACCUGAACAGACAUCCAGUGUUGUAGUAUGCCUUACAUGAGUGAUAAACAACAUUUAAAACGAUGUCAAGAGACUCCAGAGGUCAAAUUAGCCCCUGUGUGUUGUCAAGUGAAAGAAAGUGAGGUACAGAAGCCAUGGCUUAUUGGCCGACUUUUCUUUUCGCAUAUUCAUGAAUGAGUCGUGGUUCUUCAUCCAGCAGAAGGUCCAGCAUGUCAGACACCUUGAUGCUCGUUGUCUGAGUGUGUCUAUUAACUCCCUGUUUAAGAAAGUGAGUUUUGUGUGUCUCAGUUGAUUUUCUUUUAGACUUAUAGUUGCCCCUCCUUCUCCUCUGCUUAGUUGG